UUUUUUCCCUCCCGUUCUUUACAAAUAAUAGCCAUGUUCUCUUCCAAGGCGCUCUCGUUCGCCAUCGUCGCCCUUCCUUUUGUUGCACGGUCUGUCGUUGCUCAAUGUACCCGCAACUAUACCAUCCAGGAUGGUGAUAUUUGUGACAGCAUUUCUGCGGCAAACAAUGUCUCUACAUACCAGCUGGCCACGAUCAACGCAGGCUACAUCAACAGCGCGUGUUCAAAUCUUGAAAUCGGUGCAAACAUCUGCCUUGGUUAUUCAGGCGAAGAUUGUACAGAGACAUAUGUCGUCGAAGCUGACGAUACAUGUGAGGGCAUCACGACCAAGUUCACCGUCGAUGAGGCGACGUUUUACAACAACAACCCCAACAUCAAUGACCAAUGUACUAACAUUUACAUUGGCGAGGUUCUUUGUGUGGCCUCUACGAUUGCAGUUCCUCCUGCAGGAUCGUCCGUCGCGGCUACAGCCAUCCCGUCCACCGCCACUGCCGCGAUGUCCGCCUCGACUUCAUCCACAGUUUCUACCGCAACACCCAUUACGCCUUCUACCAUCACUCCCGUUACAUCUUCUACCAUCACUCCCGUUACAUCUUCUACCAUCACUCCCGUUACAUCUUCUACCAUCACUCCUGUUACAUCUUCUACCGUAAUCCCUGUUACAACUUCUGCUGCUGUUGCUCCCGUUACAACUCUAACUUACGCGACAACCUCUUCCUCAACGGCGGCUUCUGCUGCAUCUUCCGCCGCUUCCACUGACGGUGGGGAUGACGGUGAUGACGAUGACGGCGACGACGACGACCUCCCCUGGUGCGAUGAGCUCUAAUUCCGAUCCGUCUUCGUGUUUUCCGAGGCAUGAUUUGCGGGUCGUCUCAUCGCCUCAUGUCAUAACCAUUGUUACCACCACCCUGCACUAUACCACUUUCUUCACUUGUCUUGCUCUUCAUCAGUUGUUUUGUAACUUUUGACAAGGUCUUCAAUUUACUACUGGUGACUGGGUCCAGCGGUCCCAGAAAAAGUUGUACUUCAUGAUUAGCUAAAAUGCACUUUGAGAAUGUUUACAGCUAAAAGCGGUACCGGAGGCGCCGAUCGAAAGUUUCCGAAGACUUCCGCACUGGAUCAGCUAUAUCUCCCACAAUUCUUCACAGAGGAUUGAGGAGAAUCUGAUAUGAGAAUUCUUGUUUUGUACUGCUCGAGGGCAUGGCGUACUCAGAUUAUAAUUGAUGCAAGUUUCAAAUAG